AGGGCAGUCAAAAGCAUGCCCAAAACGGCCUUGAUUCUCCAGACACGUUGCCAGGGCCGUUUGAUGAAGGUAGUCCCGCCCACCGACUCCCGUGAUUGGUCCGCUGUUUCUGAUCUGAGCGAGGGGUUGAGAAAACGGGCAGCGAGAGGCAUUGUCCCCGCCCACUCUGGUUUGCAGGGCGCCCAUUGGCCAGGCGUGCCCCUUUCUUUGCCCCGCCCCUCCCCCUCGGCCCGGGCAAUGCUGCAGACGUGGUCGGGAUGGGGCGGGGGCGGAGGCAGGGCCAUGGGUCCGUCUUCGUGGCUGGUGUGGGCCGCCCUCCUGUGGCUCCCGGCCGCCCAAGCCAAGACCGUCCGAGGGGGCUUCUCCAGCGCCGCCGCCCGGAAUGGCUUGGCGGCGGCGGACUUUCAGUUCCGCGGUGAUUGUGCUCUUCUGUACAUCAGAAUCAACAACGUAGCAACCGCUGUUGAAAAAGAAGCCAAGCUUCAUCUUUUUCAAGCUCAGGAAUGGCAAAAGUUGCAAGAAAACUCCCAGGAUUACAGCUGUCAAGAACGGCUCUCCAAAGCCCAGCUGAUACUGAACAUGAACUACACUGAACAGAAUUUGACAGUGUCUCAGGUUCCAUAUCCAGACACAUGGUAUGUGUUUUAUGUCGACAAGUUUACCUGUGCAGAGAAUUAUGAGAAUUCUGAAUCCAAUGAUAUUCAGUUUGAAAUGGUUCUGCUAAAUCCUGACACAGAAGGGAAUCCAUUGGAUCAUUUUAGUGCAGGGGAAUCAGGCCUACAUGAAUUCUUCUUCCUGCUUGUCCUGGCGUAUUUUGUUGGUGCUUGCAUAUAUGCACAAUCCUUGUGGCAGACGAUUAAGAAAGGAGGACCCAUGCACACCGUGUUAAAAGUACUAUCCACUGUUCUUCUGUUGCAAGCUGCUUCCGCUUUUGCAAACUACCUGCAUUUUUCAAGUUAUGCAAAAAAUGGAGUCGGAGCACCUUUUAUGGGAAGUCUUGCAGAACUGUGUGACAUAAUCUCUCAAAUGCAAAUGCUAUAUCUACUGCUGAGUUUGUGUAUGGGAUGGACAAUUGGAAGAAUGAAGAAAUCUCAGAGUAAACCUCUCCAAUGGGAUUCGACUCCAACAUCCACUGCCAUUGCCGUAAUUGUUGUUGUGACUCAGAGUAUUCUAUUAAUUUGGGAGCAAUUUGAAGAUACGAAUCAUCACAGUUACCACUCGCACCAAAAUUUAGCAGGGGGACUUCUCAUUGGCUUAAGAAUUUGCCUAGCUCUUUCUCUGGGCUGUGGACUCUACCAGAUCAUUCGGAUUGAGAGAAGUACAUUGAAAAGAGAAUUCUAUAUUACCUUCACAAAGGGCUGUAUUCUGUGGUUCUUGUGUCAUCCAGGUCUUGUAGCUAUAUCUCUAAUGUUUAGAGACUAUCAACGAGAGAAGAUUAUUACCAUAGGUGUUAUCCUCUGCCAGUUGCUCUCCAUGGUGCUUCUGUACCAACUCUUCGUUUCCCACAGUCUUUACUGGGAAGUGUCCUCCCUCUCCUCGGUGACGUUGCCCUUAACUGUAGCAUCUGGACAUAAAAGUCGGCAUCAUUUCUGAGAUGCGUUUGGGAGAUUCAUUGGCAGAUGCAAUAAAGACUGGAAAACUCUGUUGAUUUUCAGCUGGAAUCUACUAAAUAGUUAAAACUCAACACUUACAUUUUCACUAGAUCAUGACAUAAACAGUAGUGAAGUCUUUUUAUCAACAGCAGUGUGACAAGGAAAUAUAUGGUGGCUCCUGUUGUUUUCAAUGGAGACAAAGAACAUUCUUAGUCACAAUAUCUCCACUCCAAAACUACAUCAGAGCUUUAACAGAAUGUAUAAAGCAGUCAGAAUUGGAAUAAUAGAUUGGUUGAAAGUUGUUUUGAAACAAAGUGUUUGUGCAUAAGUUUAAAGGGACUUGAAAAUUGUAAUUCGACCAGGAAACCAGUGUAAAAUGUUUACAGUGUACUGUAGUUCUCCUGUAUGUAUUUUUAAUAUAUAAAGCACUUUCUUGCCUUGAGAUUUGGAUAUAGUUCAAAUUUUAGUUUCAUCACUGGUUGCUUUUUGCAUUUUAUAUUUUAAAUAAAUGUUACAAGAGCAUAUGGGUGAUGGACUAAGUACAGAGUUAAGUUGUUUUUGUAAAAAAUGUGACAUAAUUAUAAUAGAAGUCUCAAACUGACGAACGGGGUGGAAUGAGUGAUGCAAGGCUGGAAUUUUAAUCCUGAUAUAAUUCAUUACUCUUACAUUGGGGAUUCGAUCAUAAUUAAGCCAUAUUCGCAGAUUAAAUUAACAGAAGCAUUUCAAAUAAAUGUUAGUUUCAGUCAUCAACUACCCAUGAAUUCCUGUCCAAGGAUACUUAAUCAGGAUUAAAUUUUCUCUGAAUAAUUGAGAAACAAAAUACUCACUGGAUUUGUUAUAAUCCAUGUUGGCACUGGGUUCUAAGUAUUUGCCAUCUCCCACCCAUUGUAGUAAAACCACACUUUUAAAUGAUGCCUAGCUUUCAUACUGCCAUUGUAAAUGCACACUUUUCUUGAAGUGCCUAUUUAUUGCUCAAGAUUGAAAUCUUAGGGAUCAGUUUUGCAGUAUGAAUAAAUCUUCCCAUUUAGUAACUGACUCUCAUUUCAGCACGUUUGCAAAUUUGUAGGUCCUACUUGCAAUUGACCCCUUGGAGGGAACAAAAAUCUAGUUUUAUUUUAAGAUAUAUUUCAGUUUGCUCUUGGUUACUACUAAUGCAAGAUUCUACCUACAGUGUGUUUUACUGCCAUCAGAAGCAGGCAUGAAAGCUGAUUGAUUCAUGCUUAUUUGCUCUUCCUACUUGCUCAGAGGCAAUAGUCACUGUGUUGAUCCAGUUGCCAGAAGAAAAGAGAACGUGGGCUAACCACAGUGGGAAUACAACUCUUGCAGAAUUAUUCUUAAAGAGCUUGCUCUGGGAAAGAAAUCAGUACGGGAGCCUGAGGCUGUAGUCCUGCUACUGUACAAGCUUGAACAUAAUUUUAGGAAUGUAGCCUUGACAAUCGCAGGCAGUCUCAUCUUCAAAAGCAUUGCUUCAGCACAACCAAUGCUGAAGCUAGCAGGGCUUCCAGUUAUGGAACACUGUAAAAGAGUCCCAGUAUUUCAUGUCAGUUUAUAGCUAAUGCGGAUAUUUGCCUCUGACUAAGGCAAAUGGCAACAUGACAAAGUUGCUCCUUAAAUAAACUCACAGGUUACUCUUUGUAAUUCAGAACAAGAAUGACAGGUUGAGGCUGGAAAGACAGAAAGAGUAUAAUUUCACCCCAUCAGCAAAAUGAUUGCAAAAUUAAGUUUUGCAUUUUUCCAAUCAAAAAGUUUUGUUUAUAUUUGUGUUUAUGUUCAAAACAGAAAAAAUGUUUUUGGCACAAAAUUUAAAUAAAUACAUUGUACCAAGAA